AUGUGUCCGGGCGGCGGCAGCGAGGCCCCGGAGCUGUACAGCCGCGGCUACCUGACCUGGGAGCAGCUCAGCGCCCUGCCCCCGCCCGCGGUGGUCAACUACAUCUUCCUGCUGCUCUGCGCCUGCGGCCUGCUGGGCAACGCGCUGGUGCUCUGGUUCUUCGGCUUCUCCAUCAAGCGCAGCCCCUUCUCCGUCUACUUCCUGCACCUGGCGGCCGCCGACGCGGGAUACCUGGCCAGCAAGGCGGUGCUGGCGCUGCUGGGCGCCGGCGGGCUGGCGGGGCCCGCGGCCGACUACGUGCGCGCCGUGUGCCGGCUGGCGGGGCUGUGCGCCCUGGUCACGUCGGUCAGCCUGCUGCCCGCCCUGGGCGCCGAGCGCUGCGCGGCCGUCGCGCUGCCCGCCUGGUUCUGGCGCCGGCGGCCCGCGCGCCUCUCGGCCGUGGUGUGCGCGCUGCUCUGGGCCUGCUCGCUCCUGCUCACCGGCCUGCACAACUACUUCUGCGCCGUGCUGGACCCCGCCGGGCCGGCCUGCGGCCACGUGGACGCGUUCCUGGGCAUCCUGCUCUUCCUGGUCUUCUGCCCCCUCAUGGUGCUCCCGUGCCUGGUGCUCAUCCUGCACGUGGAGUGCCGGGCACGGCGGCGCCAGCGCUCGGCCAAGCUCAACCACGUGGUGCUGGCCACAGUGUCCGUGUUCCUCGUGUGCUCCAUCUACCUGGGCAUCGACUGGUUCCUCUUCUGGGUCUUCCAGAUCCCGGCGCCCUUCCCCGAGUACGUCACCGACCUGUGUCUCUGCGUCAACGCCGGCGCCAAGCCCGUCGUCUACUUCCUGGCCGGGAGGGACAAGGCGCAGCGCCUAUGGGAGCCGCUCAGGGUGGUCUUCCAGCGCGCCCUGCGCGACGGCGCCGAGCUGGGGGAGGCGGGCGGGGCCACGGCCAACACCGUCGCCCUGGAGAUGCAGUGCGCCCCGGGGAACGUGUCCUGAGGCGCCCGCCGCCCGGCCCCGGGGCGAGGGGGACACGGGGGGCCCUGGCGCCAGGACCUCGGCCGAGCAGGACAGCGGGGACGCGCCCCGGCCAGAGAGAGGGCCCACUGGGAACCUGCUGUCCGUCUCUGGGGACACUCCGCGUGGGGACCCGCGGGGCCGGGGAUGCCUGCCCCCCACCCCGCCUCGGGGCGCCGCCUCUGCCCCUUGGUGAAAGCUCUGUUGACUUCCGGGGUGGGGCAAGGGUGCUGGCCAUGGUGAGACAUGGGCAGCCUGACCGUCCCCGGGCAUCUGUCCUCCUGGCCACCUGCUCAUCUCCGGGGCCCGCCCCGGGCCAGCUGCAGACACUGCAGCCCGGACCGGAAGUGCCUC